GCUUGCACUUUGUUACAGACUCACCAGGGAACGAUGGCACGCCCGAUGGUGGUGGCGGUGCUGGUAGUGAGCCUGGCGGGGCUGAUGACCUCUGCGCUGCCUUCGGUUCCUAUAGGCUCGGCCCGCGCGGAGCUGCUCACUCUCUCCCAAGACUACUGGGACUGGAAGACUCAGGAGUUCCCUUAUUUUUCCACGAUGCUUGGCCUCAACGACGACACCGCAGCCCGCCUCGACUCGUACGACAAGCAACGCCUGCAGCAGCGUAAGGUUAAGUGCGAGAAGUUCCUGCAGCAAGCCAAUCAGAUAGACGCCGCCUCGCUCCCACCGGAAGACUUGAUCACGCUCAAGGUGUUCAAGGAGGAAAUAAACACCUACGUGCAAAACUUCCCUCAUAAGAAGUACUUCGCGCCCGUCACUUCCCUGUCUGGGCCUCAGAAUUCCCUCACGUACUUGGUGGAGAAGCUUGUGGUCCUCGACUCUUACAACGAUUACCAGAAGCUCCUCUCAAGGUACGCCGACUUUCCCAGACAGGCACAGGAGAUCCUCACACUGCUGAAGGAAAACAUCAAGGACAACAUCAUGCCCUCCAGUUGGUCCAUGGUGGGCGUGGUGGAUCACUUUGACAAACUGCUCGUCCCGGUGAAUGAAACUGUGUUUUACGAGCCGUUCAUCAACAUGUCCGACACCGUGACCACAGAGCAAAGGAUCACACUGAAGCAGCAGGCGCAGCACAGGAUCAAGAAGGACUUGCUCCCUUCCUUGAAGGAAAUUAGAGAUUUCAUAGCGGAUCAGUACCUGCCGGCCACCAGGACUGAAGUGGGGGUGUCGUCGCUGCCUGGCGGGAAGGCUUACUACCAGGCCUGUCUCAAAUUCCACACCACCACAGACCUCACGCCGCAGGAGAUCCACGACCUGGGCCAGAAGGAGGUGGCGAGGAUCGAGGCGGAAGUGCACAAGACUGCUGCGGAGAUCGGGAUGAAAGGCAAGACUUUCUCUGAGAUCAGCCAGGCCCUCAAGAAUGACCCGGCACAAAAGUUCACCAGCAAGAAUGACCUCCUGGACACCUUCAGGAACGCUGUCUACAACGACAUCUAUCCCCGGGUGAAGCAAAUGUUCCCCAGAUUACCGCAGACCAACGUCACAGUUGAGGGAGAUGACAACCCAGGCGCCCUCUUUGCUGUGUACUCCGAACCCUCCAUGGACGGCUCGCGCAUCGGCUCCUUCAUCCUCAACACUCACUCUUACGAGUCCAGGAAGAAGUACGAGGUGAUGGCGCUGUCCCUGCACGAGACGUACCCUGGCCACCACCUGGAGGCCAUUUACACAAAGCUGAACCCUUCCAUCCCGAUCUUCCGCAAGUACGUUGACUACACCUCCGGUAUCAACGCCCCAGCCAGGUUCCCGCUGCGCACCGCCAUCACCGAGGGCUGGGGCCUGUACUCCGAGUUUCUUGGGGAGGAACUCGGCCUCUAUACUGACCCUUAUCAGAGGAUGGGCCGCCACUCUUUCGAGCUGUUGCGUGCUAGUCGUUUGGUGGUGGACACAGGCAUGCACGCGCUGGACUGGUCCAGGGACAGGGCUGUGGCUUUCCUCAUGAACCACACAGCGCUUUCUGAUAGUGGCAUACAGGGUGAAAUCAACAGGUACCUCACGUAUCCAGGGCAAGCAUGCUCUUACAAAAUUGGAGAGAUAAAGUUAAAAGAACUACGACAGAAAGCCCAGAAAGUCCUAGGAAGCAGUUUUCAGCUCGCAGACUUCCAUGACGUGGUGCUGGGGUGCUUUGCGUCACUAAAGAUCGUGGAGGAGUGUGUCACAACCUACAUUGCAUCCGCCACACAGUGCCCAGUUUAGACACUCCGCUGCAGCAGUGCACGGUGCAGCACACCACCUUGUGACGCGUUAGUGGGCAGGAGACAUACCAGCAGCCUCCAGUCUUUACCUCGUGUUUUUGUUAUCAGGUCGUAAUAAUGUAAUCUUUAUUUAUUCCUCGUACAUUGAUGAACUCAUGAAUAAAACUAGAUGUGUAUUAUGAAUUACUUGUGUGAGGAUAUUCUGUCUGUCUUCCGUGUAUGUUUAUAUGAUAUAUUUUAUUCAUUGCUGCGAGAGGUGGGUGGGUUGGUGUACAGGUUUACAAAUCAAAGAACACCGUACUGUUCAGAAGUGUUCACAACAGAAAAAGCCUGUGAUGUAAUAUGAACGACACUGAGUUUUUCACGCCAAACAAAACAAUGUUCUGAAAGCAAUCUCUCAUUAUCGUUAAAAAGAAAUGUUUCAAUUAUUACACUAUCCUGUGGUUCGGAAAUCUGGGCUCUUACAAAAGUCUUGGAUGGAAAACUUGAUGAUCCGAAGAGAAAUGGACAAUACCGCUUGGCCUUACACUAGAAAAUGAUAAUAGAAAAUAUAUAAAGAAACAAACAGAACACGAAAAAUUCUUGGUUACAAAGAUAGAAGUGAACGUGAACACGACACACCAUAUCGUUUCAUUUCUUUUGAUUUUAUCCCAUCUUCAUUAUAUCAACAUCAGAUUGGGGUAAAGAAAGUAAAGAAAUCUGUUCCAAGUCCGUUUCCAUAAAGAAAAAAAGAAAAAUAGAACCAACAGAGAAGCUGGUUAAUUUUCUGAGUUAUCUUGGUAAUUCUCUUGAAACAGACGUAAGCAGGAAGAGAUACAGAAACUGCGGGAGAUCCAAAGUUUACCAAUAAAGAUGAUGAAUGACUGAA